AUGAAUUUGCGAGAAUUUAUUUCGCUUGGUUACGAAAGCCUUCAUCCUGCCCUGGAAGUGAUAGCAUGGUCGCUGAAUGCACUGGCUACUGGUAUUCAUCCCUCUACCGACUAUCAGGGAAAUCCAUAUCGUGGAAGAUAUGUCGCAGGCACACAGAUCGCAGGCUGGAUGGGCGAGGGCGAUCUGACGGCUAAGAUGGUUACGCUGUGCAACCGCUUCAAGAAUUGGGCGUCGGCAAAUCGCCUUCAGCACUCGCAGGCGAUGAUGACGGGUGGGUUGCUCAGCUGGGAAGGCGGAGCCUUCCCACGGCUUGAUCUUAAAGCCUGGAACUCUCGACUCAUGACAGCCUUCUUCCACAUCGUAUUGCGGCAACUACAAGAUCAGGCGUUCAGUGACGAAUCGCUUCACAAAGAGAUUCGACUUGCUUUCGGGCUGACCAACGCUAUGAUCACGUUCAUCGAUACGAUGGAGCGCUCCCCGCGCUAUUUGACUUCGCAGCAAGCGCAAGUGAUGCACUCGGCAUGCUCGACGUACUUGCAACUCAGCGAGGUCAUUGCGCUGGUCGCGCAGCAGCGCGACAGAGCGCGAUGGAAAGUGGACUUCGUGGGAUUCUGGAAGACAUUAGUACAGGCAGUGCCGAAGGAACUCUUAGAGUUCAGGUGUCUCACCCG